CAGGUUCAGUGCAGUACCGCGCGCACGGAAUGAACUACACGUACCAGUAUCCGUAUCUUCAGACCGGGCCAGGGACGCGUCUUGUUCACAUUGUCAAUGAGCCAGCGAGCCAGACCCGACAGUCUGAACAAAUUUGCUCCUCCUUCCUGACGCCACCCUGAAUGAAGGGGCCAAGGCCAAGUGAAUCCUGACCAGUUAUUUUGCUAAUGAACGCUAGAGGCCCGGACUACCACUGGUACUAGCACGCGGAGAGUCAGUAAGCAGACGAGCGUGUACAUCAGUGUACAGUACACAGUACUGGCAACAGUUCGACUUGCCUGGGUCUGUGACAGAGAUCAAAAUAAUCGCUGGAACACCUUCAGUGGCUUCACAGCCAAGCAAUUGAAAUUGUCGAAGGGGCAGAACUCCUUGCUGAGCAACGUCCAGGCAGGUGCCGUGCCGCGGGCGUGUAUCGAUUCUCCGACAGCGACGCUUGGUCAAAGACUAGUGUCACAGUGGCUGUGCAUGCACACCAUCUUCACGCUGAUUUGGAGAGUCUGCACAGUUCCUAGAAGGACUGGUACUAGCACACCGCAGAACCACUGGUAAUCGCAAGCAGUGGAAUGGCGCAGCACAGGCUGCAAACUCCUGACGAAUACGCGAUUGCUUCGACCAGGAUGGACGCAGACGAGGAUACACGCCUACUGACGCCUGCUCAGCCAUCCAUUUCCCAGCCGAGUCGUAAUGGCGCCGUGUCGGUGCACGACGAAACGCAGCCACAAUACGCGACCAGCAAGUUAAGAUGGAUUGUGCUGGCCUCCGCUGCUGCUCUGAACUUCAGUAGUGCAGUGAAUUGGGUGACGUUUGUCUCCAUAGCUGACCACACGCAGUCGUUCUACAAUGUGCGUAGUUCGCAAGUCAACGAACUGUCGAGUGUGUACAUGGCGGCAUCGUUGAUCACGGGUCUCGGCUGGGCAUGGCUCAUGGACACCAAAGGUGUAGGUAUAGCGCUGUGGAUGGGUGUGAUACUGAAUUGCACUGGCUCCACUCUACGCUUCGCCAGCACACUCAAACCAACCCUGGAUAUGAAUGGUGUUGAGCAUGGACAUUUCAACCUGGUCCUGGCUGGUCAAAUCCUGUGUGCACUGGCCAACCCCAUUGGCCUAUAUUCACCUGCCAAGGUAGCAGAUGUCUGGUUUCCGCAGGAGCGGCGGACAUUGGCCAAUAUGAUUUGCAGCAUGGCAAACCCAGUGGGCUUGGCUGUCGGCAUGGUCCUCCCGUCCAACAUUGUCGUGUCGCUCGGCGACAUGGAAUCAUAUAAUUCCUCGUUCCGAACAUUGCUACUUGUCCUGACUGGCGUGGGAUCCAUCAGCUUUGUCUUAACACUGUUCAUCUGGAAGAACCGACCCGAUAUACCGCCAUCUCCCUCCGGCGACGCCAAGAGGAAUGUGAAGGUGGCAUUCAGGCAAGGCAUAGCGCAGCUGUUCCGCAACAAGACCUUCCUGUUCAUGAUGGCUAUGUGGAGUGUCAGUAUUGGCAACUUCAACGUGUUCAUAACUCUGAUUCAGCAGAUGCUUUGUCCGUACGGAUAUUCAGAUAAAUUCACCGGCUGGUGCGGCGCGGCGAUGAGCUUGACAGGCCUGGUCGGUGCAGCUAUCAUGAGCAUCUACCUGGACCGCACAAAGAAGUUUGUCAGCACACUGAAGUUCUGCUAUGUGUUUGCGUUGCUGAGCAUGACUGGUUACAUCAUGGUGUCGAUUCACCCGCACAUGAACGUCCCGGUGGUUGGAUUUCUGAGCAUGUUUGGUUUCUUCGGCUAUGGUCUUCUUCCCAUCUUCAUGGAGCUAGCAAUGGAGGUCACCUACCCAAUCAACACUGGUGUCUCCGCCGCUAUUCUGUGGAUGUGUGGUCAGCUGAUGGGUUUCAUUUUGGUUGUUGUCAGCCAACUGCCAGUCUUCCAAAGAGACUUGUCCGCCGAACAGCUUCGCAUCAGCAAGUGCAGCGUGACGAAGGAGCACACGCCCCAUGAUCCCGUGUACGGUGUCCUUUUCUCAGCAUGCCUGGCCUCCAUCAUGACAUGCAUUUUCAUUCUGAAGUUCAAGGCGUCGUACCGCCGUCUGUACAUCGAGAAGCACGGUACAUUGAAGAAUGCAGAUGGAAGCGACGCUAUUCUAGAGAAGCACUACUGAUCUACUGACCUAUGCGAGGACACUGGGCGGUUAGAUUUAUUGUUGAGAUGACAAGCUUAGCAUGCUGAUCUAUUGAUAUACAGUUAGUAGGAACUGGUUUGCUACGUACAGCGUGCGUGUAUGUGUGCGUGUGUGUGUGUGUGCGUGUGUGUGUGUGUGUGUGUAUGUAUGUAUGUGGGUGUGCAUGUUGGUGCAUGUGUGUCUACGAAACUGCUGCUAUUCUAUACGUUACAAUAUCAGAAUUGCAAAUCAAUUAUUAUUUCAAAAGGAAACUGCUUGCAUCAUCACAGGCACCUUCAAGUAUACAUGUACAUCAUGCCAUAACUUCUAUACAAGAUAAUAACUGUUAUAAUUAUAUAUACAAUUUAUGUUUGGAGGUCCCACGUUUAGUCUCUGAUUAUUGGCUCAGUACCUGAAUUCAACUUUUGCACAUA